GGGAGGGAGCGAGCGAGCGGGGCUCGUUUGUCGUUGAGUAGGGGAACCCUGAGGAGAAACUGGUGUCACACGUUAUCAGCAGAGCUUUCCGGCGAGAGUGCAGGAGUCUCCCCCGCAUCCUCCUGCUUUCCCCGUGCUCUUCUUGGCGUUUUAUGAUCCCAGGUUGAACAUUUUGGAAGCCGCAGUGUCAUUUGACGUGUCUUGGGGAGGGAGGAACGCUGGCCGUGUUUUGCCGUCUCUAGUUACGGGUUGGCAGCUGGAGCCGGGGGGGAGCCCUUGAAGUGGUAACUGCAAGCUCAAGGCAGAGUGACAGAGAAAGAUCAGGGCAGGACAGAGGGGGGGUCACUGGUGCAGUGUUUUCCCUCAGUAGGUCUUGGAGCAUCAUCCAAGGUCAUAUUUAUCCCCAUUUUCUCGAAGCCAAGGAAAGGUUGUUACUUUUUCAAGGUCAUACGGUAGGCUAGUGCUGAACAGGUCUCUCCGGUCUGAUUCAUUUUUAAGUCUGUCAUUCCCUAUAAAGCAAACAACUGGAGAUUGAUUGAUAGAUGUUGGAGUCGUGCCAGCACUAUAAUUAUUCUGUGACAAGGUGUUAGGAUUAGGGGUAUGGCAGGUUUCUCUGAUGCCAGGAUGCCAGAAAGGCCAAGCGGCUGUGGAGGAGAGAAGUGGAGUUGGGCCAGGCAGUUUAGCCAGCAAUAUGUGAGGGAAAUAAGCAACAUUUGAGGUAAGGCAGUGCAGUGUAUGAGUGAAAGCAUGAUUGCUGUGUUAUUAGUUAUAGCACAGUAAAAUCUCAGGGCUGUCUUCAUUUCUUUUUCCCUUUCUGACUGCACUGUGAAGGGGGGGGGGCGCGAUUCAUUACAGCCUAGUUUUCUUCCAAUGAUCCAAUGAGCAAAAGACAGCAAAACCAGGCUGUAACAUCUGUGUUUGAAGCAAAGAAAUGAGAUCCAAGAUGAGAGACAAGUCUGAUUUUUUGAAGACAAAAAAAGAAGGACUAAUAGGUGGAAGCUUUAGGACUGUAUGUCCAUAGUUUUCAAUUCUCCUGACAGGAGAAAAAUGAAAAAAUAUCUUGCACACCACUUCAUGGCUUUCACCAGCUUGUUUAUGAAAUUGUACUAUUGUGAUAAAUAUAUUCCUAAUUUACUCAUUUUUUUAAAUAAAUGGAAAAUCCAUAUGGCUAUUGCUUAUAGCACACAAGGUGCCAUAAUUAAUCAAAAGGGGGAAGGAAAGGGAUAUAAAAAGAGGAUGGGGAAAAUGAGGAAUAAAUUUAAGUCCAUCAGGAGUUAGAUUUGAGGGAAAGAGUUGCAAAAGUAGAAAUAAUUGAGAACAUUUUGGAAUUGCAAAGUCAUAAAAGGUGGGAACAAAGGGUACUACAGGUGUUGGAAUGACAAGAACAUUUAUGAGGGCAUGUUUUAUAUUUUUGUAUGCAUGUUUAAUGGAGAAAGGAGUCUGAAAGUAAAAUUAAACAUGAAGAACCAUUACCAUCUAUAGGGCCUAAGAGAAUCAAGUUAAAAAGAUAAACUGAGCAGUGGAUAUCUUUUUCUGAUGUUCUCUGUAAGUAUAAUUUUUAGAUCCUGAGAUUCAAACAAAUUUCAUACUGUAUAGUGUGUACAGUAUCUUUCUCAAGUCUUCCUGUGACCAGUAGAACAAACUAAUACUCUAAAUAUCUGUCUCCUUUAAACUAAGCCACUGCUGUAUUACAGUAUCCUGAACCCUUCUCCGUCCCCUGGAGAAAUCCCAUUUUGACAGUCCCACGGGGAAAGCAAUGGUACGUGCCAGCUGCCUUUCUAACACUUUUUGGCGCUGCCAAGUGGCUCAUGUAACAACAGAGUUCUACCUACUUUUCAGCGAGGGCAUUAAUUUAAGCCUUCCUUUUCUGUAUGGGUGCCAGCUUUCAGAGAAGUUGGAUGGGUUUAGUUAUCUCUCAGACUUUUUUACUCCUGUUUCAAAUUGCCUAAUGAGUUCAAAAGUUAUCAGGGGCAGACUCAUAGACUAAGUUAAAAAUACAGAAAGUGGUUGCAUUCUGAAAUGAGAUACAACUAUUGUAUGGGUAUUUUAUGAGGUAUUUGAUGCUUACCAGAAAGUGUCCAUCUUAGAAUGUGGAAAGCAACAGGUGGAUGAAAAGAGUUCAGUAUAAAAUGCUCAGCCGCUGUACUGUGCUCAGGAGGAGUAAGAAGGACAUGUAAGCUCAUGCUUCGUUUCUGCGAACCACUGUUUGCCACACAACCAAAAGAGGCAGUGAUCUUUGGUAGCCAUGUUAGGUAAGGGCAGCAAGAUGCCACUUAGGUGGCCAUCCUUUUUCCGGGCAGGAAGUCCAUAAAAAUUUUAUGCUAGCCAUCAUAGCUGAGGGCAGAAACAGCCUGCUCUAGAGCCAUCUUGGAUAAGGGAAAUGGAAGGGAGGUGACUGUCACAUUUGUCCCCUAAAGAGCUGGUGUCUGUUUCAGGAUGAUGAAAUGCAGCAGAGGAGCUGGUGAAUACAUAUACGUUCUACGAAUGUGUUCUCUGGCAGUGUGUCUCUGUCCAUGCUGGUGUAUCGUGAGAAGUAACUGGAGCAAGAUCAUGUCCUCAGAAUGAUGGUCAUUACUGGCAAACAACAACAGGUAAUAUAUCCUCUACAUUCAAAACUCACAGAUAAAGAGAAAACCAAUAUUUGCUAUUUGUCUUUUCCAGAUUCUAAUUCAGGUUGUCUUGGGGACACACAGUUUUGUUUUAGAUUUCGACGGUCUACUGGAAGGAAAGUCUCAUUUUGUUGUUUUCUGGACCAAUUGGAUAGAGAUCUACCAGUUUACUUAAAGAAAGAUCCAGCAUAUUACUACGGCUAUGUGUAUUUCAGACAAGUUCGAGACAAAUCAUUAAAAAGAGGCUAUUUCCAGAAGUCACUAGUCCUCAUCAGCAAGCUACCUUAUGUCCAUCUCUUUCGCACCAUGCUUAAGCAAAUAGCACCAGAAUAUUUUGAAAAAAGUGAAGCUUUCCUGGAAGCAGUUUGUAGCGAUGUUGAUCGUUGGCCACCACCAAUUCCAGGGAAAAUACUGCAUUUGCCUAUUAUGGGUAUUAUAAUGAAGUUGCGGAUUCCAACAUAUCGUGACAAGCCUGGAACAACACCAAUAGUACAGAAUAUGCACCAGGCAGAUGCUCAGAUCUCCAUGGCUUUACCAACUGUUCAUGAAGUAGAUCUUUUCAGGUGUUUCUGUCCAGUGUUCUUUCACAUUCAGAUGCUUUGGGAACUAGUACUGCUAGGAGAACCACUUGUUGUGAUGGCACCAUCACCAUCAGAAUCUUCAGAAACCGUGUUGGCACUUGUUAGUUGUAUUUCACCAUUAAAGUACUGCAGUGAUUUCAGGCCAUACUUUACCAUACAUGACAGUGAAUUCAAAGAAUAUACAACUCGCACACAAGCCCCACCAUCUGUCAUUCUAGGGGUGACGAAUCCUUUUUUUGCUAAAACACUUCAGCACUGGCCUCACAUUAUCCGAAUUGGAGAUAUUAAACUUCCAGGUGAAGUUCCAAAACAGGUGAAAGUGAAAAAACUGAAGAACCUAAAAACUUUGGACUCCAAACCUGGUGUUUAUACCUCUUACAAGCCAUACUUGAACAAAGAUGAAGAAAUUGUUAAACAGUUACAAAAGGGUGUACAACAGAAACGUCCUACAGAAGCACAGAGUGUGAUUCUUCGGCGGUAUUUUUUGGAAUUGACAGAAAGCUUCAUUAUUCCAUUAGAACGUUAUGUGGCAAGCCUAAUGCCUUUGCAAAAAUGCAUAUCACCAUGGAAGAGUCCUCCACAGCUGAGGCAGUUUAGCCAAGAUGACUUCAUGAAGACACUGGAAAAAGCAGGACCACAGCUUACAUCAGGUUUAAAAGGAGACUGGAUAGGACUUUACAGGCAUUUUUUGAAAUCACCAAACUUUGAUGGUUGGUUUAGAAGCCGGCAGAAAGAAAUGACACAGAAGUUGGAGGCCCUUCAUUUAGAAGCACUCUGUAAUGAGAACUUGGUUUUCUGGAGUCAGAAGCAUACUGAAGUAGAAACGGUGGAUCUUGUCUUAAAGUUAAAGAAUAAACUGUUGCAGGCUGACAGAGAACAUCUUCCUGUGAAAACUGACACACUGAAAAAGCUGCAGAUGCACAUCAAUGAUAUUAUACUAGCACUUCCAGAUGACUUACAGGACAUCUUGCUCAAAACUGGCACAACGUGAUUUCUACUGGGCUAUUUUUGUGCAGAAAACAAAAGGGCAAAUACAGUUUCACAGAAGACAGUGGCUUACCAAGUUUGGAACACAGCUCCUAAAUAGUAUAUUAACACUACAAAUGGACUGUACUAAUAGUAUAGCCCACUAUACUGUUUUCACUGUUUUUUCCACUUAAAUACCAAUGCAACUGAAGGAAUUCCUGUGUCUAAUAAUGUUUGAAAUAAGUGCUCUUAAAAUAAAAUGUGGGCAUAAUGAGACUAUACCACAGUAUAGGACCACAGUGCAGUGCUGGCAUUGCAGAAUGUUUUCCAAUUGGUGCUGCUAUACCCAAUCCUGUUAACUCAGGGGUAAGCAAUAUUGAUCCUGUACUGUCCUGUUGAUGUAGUACCUGAUUGGGGGUUGUUGGUUUUUUGGGGUGGGUUUUUUUU